AUGAACCCGCCAGGGUCUGGACCUACAUCACGCGCACCAGCGCCACCGCUGCAGCGGCCUGUAGCCAAGCACCCACGCCCACCUGGCCGGCCCCAGAACUACGAGCCAGGGGCGCCUGGCUCAGCGGGCCCCACCGCAGGCACGGCCUCACGGCCUCCUCCACGUCCCUCGGCAGGUCGUCCCUUGCAAGCCCGUCCGAUGGGCCAGGCCCCACGGAGCGGCGGAGCCGCUAUGCCUCGGCCACCAGCAGGACCUCAGACACGCAUGGUGCGCCCGCCCCCCGGCAUUCAGCGCGAAUACCAACGCAUUCGCUCGCCAGGACCUGGCACGCCGACAGGGUUGGAGCGAACACCGACCAAUACGCCGCCGCCUCAUCGAUCCAACUCAGCAGCUAGUAUGCCACAAAUGAACAUGUACCAGUCCACCGCGGCGGCAUGGGACGACGAUCCGAACGCCCCAUACAACGCAGGCAUGUCGGCGCACUCGCCCUACGCUUUGAACGAUCCAUAUGCGACCAACGAGCAGCCUGCGGACGCAGCAGGUACAGCAUGGGACUCGUUUGCAAGUGCGACUGGGUUCGGCGGCACAGGCACAAUGAUGAACGAUGCCACGACACAGAUGGGCAUGCAGUUCGGUCGACAUGUCGCCGCUGUGGGUGGUGAGUAUGUGCAGCGCAACUUCCGUGCAUUGCUCCCGAUGCCCAUUUUGAAACACUACUUUAAAGUGUCCAACUCGUAUGUGCUGCACAAACUGCGUAUUAUCCUAUUCCCAUGGCGUCACAAGCCGUGGUCGCGUCGCUUGCGCUACUCUACGCCAUACGGUGUCUCGGGGUACAUGUCGCCUAGCCAAGGGACCUCUACACUGAACGCUGGGAUGAGCACACCGGAUCGACCCCUCUCUGCAGAUGGUCGACGGGCUAGCAGCACCGAGCCCGUCACUUUCUGUGUCCCGCGGGAAGAUGUGAACAGUCCUGACAUGUAUAUACCCCUCAUGGCUUUGGUGACGUACGUGAUUGCUACAUCGAUCAUUUAUGGCUUGCGUGGGCGAUUCCACCCAGAAGUGCUGGGCUACACGGCCUCGCGGGCCUUGGCCAUUGUCCUCAUCGAAUUUAGUGCGAUCAAGUUGGGAUGCUAUCUGCUGAACAUCCAGGGCGACCAUACCGUAUUUGACCUGCUGGCCUAUUCAGGCUACAAGUUUGUCGGCACCCUCGUUGUUUUGGCCGUGGGCGUCAUGGGUAUGGGCCGCUGGGUGUAUUGGCUCACGUUCUUAUACAUGUUUGCAGCCAAUGCGUUCUUCUUGCUUCGCUCUUUACGCUACGUGGUUCUCCCUGAUCCUGCCUCCCCGUCUAGCGUGACUGUGACACAAGGACAGCGCGCUGCACGGAUCCAGUUCUUGUUCGCCAUUGCCAUGUCACAGAUCGUGUUUGGCUGGCUCCUGAUUGUGGGCGUAUACUGA